AUGACGUCACUUCAGCGCGUGUGCUCGAAGGAGUUCCAGUGGAACCCCAACUCUAUCUCCAAGAUCAGGAGCGUGCAGGAGCUCAUGUUGCGUGACGACGUCGUCAAGGCGCGGAGUGACUGGGACAAGGCUGUCCGCUUUAUGAAGGCAACGCUUGAGAAGGAGUACCAAGAAACCUCCCGCCUUCUCGAGGAGCAGAAGGGUCCUGGGUGGAUGCGCCAGUGGCUGACGUGGUCGUCGCCAAAGGCGUACCAGGGCGCCCACAGCGCCAUGAUUGCGGAGCUGUCGCCAUACUUCCAGCAGAGCAGCAAGACCGGAGGCGUGCGUGCAGGCAUCACGGAUGAAGAGGACAAGGCGCUGCAGCACUCUCUCAAGCGCGAGCACGGCGUCGACGCCACAGAAGGACACGUGUACGACAUCACGCGCGUUUACCAUCUGCUGUACAAGCAGCACUUCCUCGACACGGCCCUGCGCAGUGCAGCAUACUGCCAGUCCAAGUUUGGAUACAAAGAAAACGCAUGUCAAGCGUGCAAUUCGCUGCAUUGCACGGACGUCCUUCUCUUCUGGCGCCUCCACAACAUGCUUCGCGCAACCGUCAACAUGCUCCGCCUCGAGACAGAGAUCCAGGAAGACAUACGGCGCGUGCUGAACGAGAUUGACGAGGACCCGCAGCUGAAGCAGCGGCUCAUCAACGGCAAGCGCGUGACUCUCGCAGAGGAGAUUGAGGUGCUCCGGCUGCUGCAGGCAAAGUUGGACGAGUUUACCCGCCAAAUGAAGAAGGAGGGCAAGCUGAGGUGA